AACAAAUAAUACACAGAAGAAAACAUAAUAUUAUAUUAUAUUUAAAAGUAUGUCAAGAAUAUGCAUUUUUAUUACUUUUAUGUCGGUUAUGCUUGUUAAUAGUGAACAAAAUACGCCAAUAGUUGUAACAACAUGGAAUUUCGUUAAUUCUACUAUCACCGCUUGGAACAUUCUUAAGCAAGGCGGUUAUUCCCUUGAUGCAAUAGAAAGAGGAACUUCAAUAUGUGAAGAACAGCAAUGCGAUGGAACCGUAGGUUUUGGAGGAAGUCCAGAUGAAGACGGUGAAACAACAUUGGACGCUCUUAUAAUGGACGGGAGGACAAUGAAUGUUGGUGCAGUGGGUGCACUGCGUAGAAUUAAAAGAGCAGCUUCGGUAGCAAGACAUGUCUUAGAGCAUACAAAGCAUUCUAUUCUUGUUGGAGAGUUGGCAACACAAUUUGCAGAACAAAUGGGUUUUUAUGAAGAAUCUUUAACUACGCCGGAUUCAAAAAGGUUAUGGUUAAGAUGGUAUUACAGAAAUCACUGUCAACCAAACUUCUGGAUGGAUGUCACACCUGAUCCUGGAAAAUUCUGUGGACCAUACAGUAAACUUGAAAAUUUUGGUCACAAGAGUGACAAUUGGAUACCAAUGAAAAUAAAUAGAUUCAAUCAUGAUACCAUUGGAAUGGUUGCUAUAGACAGGAAAGGUGAUGUUGCUGCUGGAACAUCUACAAAUGGGGCAAAGUUUAAAAUUCCUGGGCGCAUAGGAGAUUCUCCUAUCCCAGGUGCAGGUGCUUACGCAGAUAAUGCUGUAGGAGGUGCCACUGCUACUGGAGAUGGAGAUAUAAUGCUUAGAUUUUUACCAAGUUUUCUCGCCGUUGAAGAAAUGCGUCGCGGCGCAACCCCAACACAGGCUGCUCGGACAGCUAUAAACAGAGUAGCAACACAUUAUCCUGACUUUAUGGGUGCGGUCAUUGCUUUGAACAUUGAUGGAGUGUAUGGAGCAGCUUGCCAUGGCUUAGGAGAUGAACCAUUCCCAUUUGUAGUUCAAGACAUCACUAUGAAUAAAUAUAAAAUUGAAACCGUCAAUUGUUCCUGGCCAUUACACUAAAUUUACAUCUGAUACAAAUCAGUCAAUUUAAUGUUGUUGCGAUAUUACGUUUUUAGUUCCUGUAUAUAUUUACUUAAGAGUAAAAUUUAUGAUUAAAUUGUAAAUACAUAUUGUUUAUAUAAAUAGAUUUUGAGUACCGAUGCA